AUGUCAUCUUGUUCGUCCUCCCCCAGUGGAGCUAAUGUCGAUGAUCUCGGAGACCGAUCCAAGGUUACUCCUCAACAGGUCAUUGACAAGUUCUGGAAGCAAUUCACGACCAAGAAGCCCGGAAAGGCCACAACUGUUGUUCCCUCCAACACAUACACUGAGUUUGCCGCCAAGAGAGGCAAUCAAGUCACAACAACAACCUGUCAAGCUUCUUAUGAUGACGCCGCAGCAACAUGCCGUGCCAAAGUUGAAAAGAUCGUCAAGGAGUGUCGUCGCGUCAACAAAAGAUACCGUGACCCUCACUUCGACAUUGAAGUAGACCUCAAGUGGCGCCAGAACGAUUGUCUUCGUUCUUUGUCCAACAGGGAAGACGAAGUGCCUGGUAUAGACCUCGCACCUGAGAGCGUCAAACGAGUAGGCGAAAUAUUUGAUAAUCCUCGCUUCUAUAUCGACGGCCCUACUGCCAAUGAUAUCAGACAGGGUCGCAAUGGAGAUUGUUGGUUCAUUGCUGCUCUUUGCACCUUGAGCGAAAAGUCUGGUAUGAUUGAGAGGCUAUGUGUCGCUCAUGAUACCGAUGUUGGCGUUUACGGCUUUGUCUUUUACCGCGACGGUGAAUGGAUCUCAGAGAUCGUUGACGACUUUCUCUACCUGAUCAAGCCUGAUUACGAUGAGGGUUAUCUCGACAGAGUCCUGUUCGACGAUAUCGAGCGAGUGGACCCUGACGAAGCUUAUCGCCGCAUUUUCCAAUCCAACAGUGGCGCUCUCUACUUUGCUCAGUGUGCCCAUCCUCAAGAGACUUGGCUGCCUCUCCUUGAAAAGUGUUACGCCAAGGCUCAUGGAGACUACUGUUCCAUUGAGGGUGGGCAUGAAGGUGAAGGUCUUGAAGAUCUCACUGGAGGCAUUACCUCUGAGCUCGUCACUACUGAUAUUCUGGACAGGGAGUACUUCUGGAAGGAACAACUUCUCAAGGUCAACGACGAAUUUCUUUUCGGGUGUAGCACUGGCGUCUUCGGUGGUUGGGGUGAGCGUAAGGGCAUUGUAGAGGGCCAUGCCUACUCUAUUCAGAAGGCCGUCGAGAUUGACGGUAAGCGAUUACUCAAGGUCAAGAAUCCUUGGGGCAAGCAUGAAUGGACUGGCCCAUGGAGCGAUGGUUCAAAGGAGUGGACAGCCGAGUGGCUUCAAAAGCUCGACCACCGCUUCGGGGAUGACGGAGACUUCUGGAUCUCAUAUGAAGACUUGCUUAGAAAGUACCAGACUUUUUCGAGAACCCGUCUCUUCACCCCUGAGUGGCGUGUCACUCAACUCUGGACAACAUUUGCCGUCCCUUGGGUUCUGGACUACCACGACUCGCACUUUUCCUUCACUCUCUCAAACUCAGGUCCUGUGGUGAUCGCCUUGUCUCAACUCGACGAUCGUUUCUUCAAAGGUCUUGAAGGCCAAUACCGUUUUGAGCUCAACUUCCGGCUGCACAAGGCCGGUCACUCAGACUAUGUCAUCCGCAGCCAAGCUCCGUUCUGCAUGACACGCUCUGUCAACGUCGAGCUCGAGCUUGAAGCAGGCGACUACGAAGUCCGCGUCAAGAUCAACGCGACACGCGACCUGGACAUCUUGCCCAUCGAGAAGGUCAUUAAGAAUAACGCCAAGUCCCGCCGUGAGAAGCUGCUCCGCAUCGGUCUUGCCUACGAUCUUGGCCACUGCAAGGGACGAUUCGUCGAGACUCCCGAGGAGAAGAAGGCUCGUCAGGCGCACGAGAAGCAGAUCAAGCAGAAGAGACGGGAUAAGAUCAAGGCGAAGCUUCUCAAAGAACGCGAGAACAGCCAUUAUAUCUUGAAACAGGAGUUCCAGAGGAGUGAGCACAGACGACUUAAGAACAAGCAGAAAAGAAAGCUCAAGGAAGCUGCUCUGAAGGCUAAGAGAGAUGCUCGCCUAGCGGAGAAGAAAGCUCUCAAAGCUGAGAAGGCUAAGGAAAAGGCGCUGAAGGCUGAAGCUAAGGCUAAAGCCAAGGCAGAGGCGAUGGCAAAGGCAAACGCGGAGGCUGAAGCAGAAGCAAAGGAGAAGGCCGAGUCAGAGGAAAAAGCACAGACUGAUCAAAAGGUUGAAGAGCCAGCUGAAAAGUCUGAGACUGAUGCCGUAAAGCCUGAAGAGCCCAUGACCCCUGAAUCCGACAACUCGGAUGAAAAGGAUAUCGCAGAGGAGAAGCCCGCUGAAGAGAAACCUACUGAAGAGAAACCUACUGAAGAGCAGACUAGCACGGAGCCUGCUGCUGUAGAGGCUGAAGCAUCAGACUCAGACUCAGAAUCCUCAUCUGAGUCAGACACCGAAGAAGAGGUCGAAACUGACGUCGAAAGCGUCGGCACCCUCCUCGAUCUCGCCGACCGUGAAAUCUGGAUUCACGUCGACAACUUCAACGGCGAAGUCCCGGCCUCAGAUUCCGACUCCGACUCAUCCUCCGACUCUGGCUCUGAAGCAGGCGAUGACGUCGAGAAGGACCCCUGGAACGCCGUUGUCGUCGUCGGCAUCCGUAUCUUUCACAAGGGUCUCGGCGAAGGUGAGGAAGAUGGCGAUCUCAACCUUAAAGUGAUCCGGCCUAUCCCCUUCGGCAAGGAUGACGAGGAAGUAGACGUCGAGAAGAAGUGUAGCACCAAGGUUCUGGAUGUGGAUGAUAGUGCCAAGGAUGCUACACUUGUGGGGGAUACAGCGGAGAAGAUCCGAUUCAUCAAGGGGGACAGUGCCAGGAGAAGAACUGUUACUUCUAUGUUCUGA